AUGAACCAGGCCAGCUACUCUAUCAGCGUUCACCAGCAACAAGCCUACGACCUAGACCGACCCAACUACCACAGACCCAACCAGCAACGCAAAAUCGCACAGGGUCCUUGUGCGCGGGCCAUUCCGCGGGACGUCGCUGGGAACUUCAGUCGCUGCACGGUGCGGGAACCACCCGACGGAGGCGUGUCGGCUCGAAUAGUGCCGUGUACUGCCUGGGAGUUCAACCUGAGCGACCACGGCAACACCGUCGUCAGCGAGUGGAACCUGGUGUGCCGGCGUGGCUGGCUGAGCGACGUCGCGCACGUGGUCGUCUUCUCCACGAACAUCCUCGUGCUACCACUGCUGGGCGUGGCGGCGGAUCGAGCUGGGCGCAAGACCGUCGCCUUCGUCUCCAACACGGGCCUUCUGCUCACGCUCGUGGGGAGCAGCAUGGCGAGCGACUUUCACACGUUCGUGAUGACGCAAGCUGCGGUCUCGGUAUUGUCGAGGAGCAUGGCGGUGCUGUACGUACUUCUGUACGAGGUCACGACGGCAUCCCGCAGGUUACUCUACUGCUUCAUCGCACCGCUCGACUGGUCUCGGUCGCAGCUCGUGGUCGCCACGCUUUCCCUGCUGCUUCUGACCACCUUCUACGUGGUCGAAGAGUCGCCCACCUGGCUCUUGGCCACACACAAUGUCGAGGCAGCCGAGAAGGUAGUCCGCAGAGCAGGUAGUGUCAAUUGCGUGUCACAGGUUGAGUGUCGCAGGCAGUUCCGCAGCGAAGUGGAGAGCUACCGACGAGAACAAGCUGACCUGCCCUCCGAUAACACCAUGGGGAUCUUGCGUUCGGAAUGGCUGCGAGAACGCUCGCUUAUCCUCGCCUUCAGUCUGGCUCGUUAUUAG